CUCUGUUUUCGCGUUCUGCCGGUUCUGCGCUCUUCCCGCUUGUGCUCUUUUCAAGGCACUUCGUGUAGACUGCACGAUGGAUAACCCAACUAGGUCGUCGGGAGUACACUGCGCUGUUUUCGGAUGUUCAAACAAUCAUCGAAAGAGAAAAAAUCAAAGACAGGAGUUGUGCGCUGUCCACCAACAAACGUCAUGUAAUUGCGGGGUGGUGAAGUUCCACCGCUUCCCCAAGGAUCCGGUAUUGAAAGGAAGGUGGCUCUCCGCGCUGAACCGCAAGGAUUUCACGCCCACAGAACAUACUCGGGUAUGUUCGGCCCAUUUCGUGGCUGGAGAGAAGACGGACGAAAAUAUCGUCCCGCAGCUCUCUCUCGGGUAUGCGCGUAAGGUUGUCGUUGGGAGGCGCCGUUUGGUGCGUGAUGCCAGUUGCGAACCACUGACCACAAAGAGGAAGAAACUGUCUUCUGGAGCUGGAUGUGGAAUUAGCAGCGACUCUACUGCCGAACACAUGAUCGCUCUGGCAUCAACAUCAGCGCUAGCUGCUCCUGAACACUCGAGCACCAGCUACACACAAGUAGUUGAGCACGUCAUCGCCUUGGCCUCCACAUCAGAGCCAGCUACUUCUGAACACACGGUACAUUUAAUACAUACCUGA